AUGCUGUGCUCCCACAAACGCCUCCAAGCGCUUAAGAACAUAAGCAUUGAAAGGAGAAAUGCCCAACAAACGACACGAGGAAUAACACACACACGCACACACACAUCCUCCACACAGCAGGCCACCGCCCACUGUGUCACGCCGCAGUCAUACAACGCCUCAACGCCACUCACAGAACGUUUCACUCCUUCGCCGUUUUCUUCCGCAACACCUCAAGCGGUUUGCAUGUGGGGCACGGCGUAUAGAGCGCAUCAACCGCCCGCAGCGCAGCCUCUUCCAUCGCAGCCGCAACACGCCGCCCACCGGCACGGUGAAACAGGACGCCAGCUGCACUCACAUAGACAACGGCCUCCUCGUCAACGUUCGCCC